CGGCAGGUGGGCCAGGACACGGCUGCGCAUGCUCCGCUGGCUGCGCGCGCUGUUGUCGUGGUCUCGGGGUGUGGGGGGGCGUGAAAAGGAGACCCGCCCGGUAUCGCGCAUGCGUGCAUGCCAUCGGUGCCCGGGCUGUCAAAAGCCGAGAGGCUGCUGUUGGGGACGGGCACGCGGCGGAGGGAGUCAGGCUGACCAGGAUUCGGUUUAUCGUCAACGUUUCUGCCGGCAAUGGGUGGAUAGGGGGGCGAAAAUGCUGUGGUGAAGUGGCGCCGGUUUUAAUCGGGCCCCCAUCGUUUUGUUCUCAUACCGCGGGGGGCGGAGGCAAGUGAAAAGCCUGUGAGCGGCGGCUGGAAGCGUGUUCGACGAUGAGGAGGGUGGCUCGUGCGGGGCCGCCGCCUGUGGUUCCCGCCGCCUACUUGUUGCUGCUACUGCUCCUGUUUCCUGGCCGGGCCCAGACCCACUCUCAGACCGAGUCCCCAGAUCACGACAGCGGCAAGGGCGAGCUGGUGAUCGCCGCGGUGAAGGUGUCGUACGUGGACCGGGCCGGCGGGCAGCCAGUGCCGGUACCUGACCGCGGCGAGGACGGCCGCUACGGGCGCGACUCCCCGAAGGAAAGGGUGGAGGGCGGCACGGUGCUGGUGCCGGCGUGGACGCCUGGCAAACCCCGCAACCUGCAGGGCUGCGACCCCCGCACCCGCUUCGCGGUGCCGCCCGAUACCCGGCGCUGGAUCGCGCUGCUGAACCGGGGCAACUGCACCUUCAAGCAGAAGAUCCUGUUGGCGGCCGCCCAGAAGGCGGCGGCCGUGGUCAUUUACCACAACGUGUCGGAUGAGAAGCCCAUCACCAUGUCCCAUCAAGGUACUGGUAACAUAGUCGCAGUCAUGAUUUCUGAACGUAGAGGUCGUGAGAUUCUGAGUUACGUAGAAAAAAACUUCACUGUUUUGAUGUCUAUAGCAGUUGGAACAGCACAUUUUUCACAGUACAGCCGUGGCUCUCUUGUUUUUGUGUCCAUCUCAUUUAUUGUGCUGAUGAUCAUUUCUUUGGCUUGGCUGAUCUUCUAUUUCAUCCAAAAGUUCAGAUAUGCAAACCUACGUGGGCGGAACCAGCGUCAACUGGGUGACGUUGCCAGAAAAGCUACCAGCAAACUAACCACCAGAACCGUUAAAAAGGGCGACAAGGAAACUGACCCAGAGUUUGACCACUGUGCAGUCUGCAUAGAGGGAUACAAAUCUAAAGAUGUGGUCAGGAUUCUGCCAUGCAAGCAUGUCUUCCAUAAACAUUGUGUUGAUCCCUGGUUGAAUGAACAUUAUACUUGCCCCAUCUGCAAACAAAACAUCCUGAAAGCCCUUGGAUUGCUGUUAGGGCCAGAUGUACGCUGUGCAGAGAAUUCAGCGCUUGAUAUGGAGAGAUCAGUCAGAGAAUCACCCUCCAAUCAGAGAUCCAUGCCUAUUGAUGUGACGGGUAAUGGUUCCAUCAGUCUCGAACCACUCCGUUUUCUGGGAAGUUCACCGUUGAGCCAGGAAGAAGAAUCCAUGCCACAAUCCAGAGAAAUGAACGUCACUGUAACCAAUGGUCAGUGUGUUCGUCCUGACGCUAGCCCUCAGCAAGUGAUGUUGUAUGAGCUCGACCUGUCCACCAUUCAGCCUUCCAUUGCCCACAGUGACCAGGACAAAGCAUGAGUCAGAUUCUGUCCCAUCAGAUUUCAAACCAAUCUCAGCCUACUGCACACAAAUAAUUAAAGCUGCGAUGGUCAAAAUGUUAUCUCGACUUGUGGAAUGGAACUGAAUGCACAAACGUGUAGAGGCGAACAAUUUGACAUGCUGCCUGUCUUAACGUUUUUCUCGUAAUUAUUCAUCUUCAUCGUGAUAUCCACUAAUGGCUGACAUGUUUGGAUUGUGGGGAAAGUUGUUUUGCCCCUUCCUACAAAACCUGCUAUAAGAAAUUUAAUACCUUUUUAGUUUAAUGUUCUGUUGGUGAGCAUAGCACAGGCCAGUGGUCCCAAUAACUGUCCAUGAUCCGUGUUCAGUUGUUUGGUUCUUGUGCAGUGGAGGUCGAGUAUUUGCAAAGUACACUUCCUAGCAACAACUCCAGCGUAAGAAGCACAACUGGAGGGAAACAAGUCUCAUUACUUGAUCUUAAUGCCAAACGAUUGCCUGAAGUAGAAACGCAUCUAGCCUGUCAGGCAUUGAUAAAGAACAGCAGUGAUGAAAAUUGGGACUUGUUUGUGGAAAUGGAUUUGAUUUCAGAAGGUUUCCAAUAAUUUUGGAGCUUUCACAAAAUGGGCUGAGGGCAGCCAAUGGUUCUGGUGGAUGAUGAGAUAUGUUGAAUAUGCUUCCUUGAAGAGACCCAUUCUUCUGUGGAUCCUCUGCCUCCUCGAACUGUCUUCUUCUCUUUCUCUAAUUAUUUUAAGUCUUUUCCUCUUACAGCAGAUCUAGAGUAUUUGGACUUGUCAGGCCAGAAUGAUAUUGCAACUUAGAAGAUUUAAGUUAUGAGAACCAGUCACACAAUAUAACUAGACAUUGUUUAUUAGCAUCACUAGGCUUUUAUUUCCUGGUGACCUAAUGCUUCUUUUUGACUGACAUAGUACACUCAAACUGAUAGCUUAGGUGCACACAGUCAUACAGAGUAUAAAUGCUUGAAAGGUCAGAUUAUGAAGCUAGUUUGCAUAGCAAUGCUUUAUAUUCCCUUAAGUUUUUAACAGAAUGAGAUGAUUUAUUGGAAGUGUUUAAAAUGAUAAAGAAAUACAAUAGGGCAUAGAGAAGCUAUAGUUCAAGUAUUCAGUCCAAUGAAUCAUAACUGUGAAGUUAGUGCUGGACUGUUCAGAAGUCCAUUCAGAAAGAGUUUGUCACACAAAAGGUUUUGGAAAUCUGAAAUUCUCACCUCCUAAAAAGCUGUGAAUUCUGGUUGCCAUUUGGAGCCUUCCAGACUUUGUUCACUAUAUUUUUGCAGGGAUGGGUAUUGAGGGUUAGAUAGAGCUACACCCUGUAACUAGAGUUAAGAUGUCUGUCAUCCUUGUUCCAACUAAAUGGCAAAAUAGGUUGAAUGGCCUCACACCAUGUUUGAUACAGUUGGUUCAGUUAGAACAGAUUCUUGUCUAUUAAACCUGUUUUAAGUAUCGAUUGGCCUCACCACUGCUCUCUGCUGUGGUUCCUUGAGUGAAUUCCACUGGAACAUUCAAACAAGGAUUCGCAUGUCUUGUUCCUUUGAACUUGGUAUUAAGAUGUGGACAUUACCAAAUAAGCCUUCAGUUAAGACUUAAUGUUAGUGCAGAGUGAACAGGAAACCACAGUGUGGUUCCUAGUCUGACUAAUCUCAGUAAAAUCACAAAAGAGCUCCAAGAAAUUGACCACAUUGAUUCUUGGAUUAAGCUAGGGAUUGGGGCAGCGGGACAUGAACCAAGAGGCCAUACUUCUGAUUGAUGAGCCUUUGUUCCCCAUUUCUGAUCACUACCCAAGAAUUCCUGAAUCUAGGAAUUCCCUUCUGGGUGCGUCCAGAUAUCAGUUGAAAGCAGCAACGUGUUCAGUGUCCCUCCACCAAGCAACCUGCUGCCCUGUAAUGUCUCAGUUCUCUGGUGGGAAAGCUAAUGUUGCAUGACCUAUUACUCCAAUUCCUUGAGAGAUGGAAGUAUGAGCAAAUAUUGGACCUAAGUAGCAGCUUCUCCAUGAAAUAGUGCACCUGCUUCAGUCACCAGAAUAACUAGCACUUCAUGCCAUGCCAUGUACACCACCAAGUCAUGCAGCACACAUUCCCCUCUCCACGUAGUGCUGUAUGCCUGUUUUAUGCAGUACAAACAGCACAUGAUAUAGGUGCACCUGAACUCAAGCUGCUUAUUAAACAUAAGCAGCUUUUUUUUGAGUAUUGAAGGAGAAGAUUAAACAUUGUAGAAAACAAACUUGUACGCAUGCAAUUGAUUCAGUGAAAACUGUAAAUCAUGUUUGUCACCUGCCUGCUAAUAUUUACAAUAGAAAUUAAUCUUGUUAUUUUUGAAAAGGUUAGAUGGCUUGAGCAUGAAAACAUGUUCUCGGUUCAUUUUAAUUGCACUCAACAUCAUUAAAACCACAUAAGAAACUUCAUUGCCAUUUCAAAACAUUUCUGAUAUGGCAGCUUGUUCAUUUAUUAUUUUGUUUAAGCUAAUUAUACAUAAUCUGAUGUUUUUAUUAAAAGAUCAAUGCAAACUAA